GUAUUUCCACCUUAGACUUUACCAUCAGUCUCUCUCUCUCUCUCUCUCUAAAAUGGCUUUUCCUUCCUGCCUCUUCUACACCCUCCUUCUCCUCCUCUCCUUUUCUUUUUCAGUAUCGACCAAUAUCGAAGGAAAUGCUUUGCAUAGUUUAAGAACAAGACUUUCUGAUCCCAGCAAUAUUCUUCAGAGUUGGGAUCCUACUCUUGUCAAUCCUUGUACUUGGUUCCAUGUAACAUGCGAUUCCAACAACAAUGUUGUUCGUUUGGACUUGGGCAAUUCUAACAUUUCUGGAAGUUUGGGUUCAGAGAUUGGUGAACUCAAGCAGCUGCAGUAUCUGGAACUUUACAGUAACAACCUAGGAGGAAAAAUCCCCAAGGAGUUAGGGAACUUGAAAAAUGUUAUUAGCAUGGAUCUAUAUGGCAACAAAUUUGAAGGAAAUAUUCCAAAAUCUUUUGCCAAAUUGAAGUCUCUUAGAUUUUUACGAUUAAACGAUAACAAGCUAACAGGAUCGAUUCCGAGGGAACUAACCACUCUAUCAAACCUUAAAGUUUUUGAUGUUUCCAACAAUGAUCUUUGUGGAACAAUACCUGUCGAUGGCCCUUUUGGUAGUUUUUCUAUGGAAAGUUUCAAGCACAACAGACUUAAUGGACCUGAGCUGAAAGGACUGGUGCCUUAUGACUUCGGAUGCUAAGUUGGUAAAGAAUGGUCUUCCCUCGCUCUUCGCUAGCUUGGCAUAUGAAACAGAGUAGUAGAAUUUUGAAUAGUGACUUGAUAUGUAUCUCAGUACUAUAAAUUGUAACAGGACGAAACUGGAUAGCAGCUUGAAUUGCUAGACAGGGAUGAUAAUAAUGAAUUGAAAAACUCAAAUCGGUUCUCCUCUAA